CAAAAUGGCGAGCCGACGAUUCUUAAAAUCAAGCCGCUUUCGUGCUAGACGCGAAAGUGUUGAAGAAGUAAUUAAGUUUGACCCUACUAAAGACACUAAAGAGAGUGUUCAUACGGUUUUAAAACAUCUGGUCGAUGACAGUGGUACGACAACGUCUAAGAAACUUGCUUACCUGAACUUUUUUGUAAAACUGUUGAGAAAAUUAGACGGAAAGGCGGUUCUCGGGUUAUCAGAAAACGAUAUUUUGUGUUGUUUACGGUUAGGGUUAUUUCACGAAGCCAAAGAAGUGAGAGCAGCUACUUUAAGAGUAUUACGUCAUCUUAUAGAUCGCCCAAACUAUGUUGACUCUUUACUUUAUUUACAACUUGAUUUGCUAAUCGCCAGAUGUAUUGACAUUUGUUUGGAAAAUGAAAUUGAAAGAAUACAGGCAUUAAAACUUAUUCGUAAGCUUGGACAAACGGCUGCCAAUAAAAUACCAUCAACUCUUCUUCAUCCUGUGAUUGCGGUAGGCAAUGAUGGUGCAACUGAAUGGGACAGAAUGUUGCGAGUGUGUUUGGCAACUUUAUGUGAAAUGGCGUUUCAAAACAUUGACACAUUGUUUAGAUGUGGUGGAAUCAGUACAAUUUUACGAAGCAUAUUAGAUUGUCAUCUUUAUCCUCGUCUAAACGAAUCUCUUACUUGCACCAUCUUGUAUCUUCUGAACCAUCCUAAAACACGUCAUUAUAUAAAACCCAACACAGAUUUGGAACAACUUCUAGCACCCUUUACAGACUGUCAUUUUAAAUAUAACGGUGAAACCGAACGACCAAAAGUGGAUGACAAAGAAAAUCGAUUUAUCGCAAGUAAAAUGGCUUUAAUAACUGUGAUGCGAUCAUGGCCAGGAUUAAUCCGACUGUGUCACCCAGAAGGUUCUGGACUUCAAUCUUUCAUAGGAAUAUUGUACUUACCUUAUAUCGAUAUUCGGAAAAGUGCCUUAGAAAUGAUUUUUGACCUGUUCCAAUUGAAACUUCCCACUUGGACAGAAGACUUUUCUCUUGCUCUUUCGGGUGUUGAUCCAAGUGAAAUGAAUGAGAAUUGGAAACUGGGUGAAGGUUUUGUUGCAGAAGAGGGAAGAACAAUUUUACCGCAUGUUGCUACAACACGACCUAAUUUGGUUGAAAACCAUACAGCGCUCAUUCUAUGUGCAUGGAUAAAUGCUGGAAUUUUAGAGGCCCUUGUAGAAGUUAUAACCAGUAGUGAAGGUGCCCUAUUUUGUAGAGCUGUGAUUUUAUUAGGAGAGUUACUUCAUCUGGCCAACACUUUGUUACCACCAGAUUGUGCUACUUACAGCCAUUGUUUGCCUACAUUAAUUGCUAUGGCCUCUUCCUUUGACAUUCCAUUACCAAAGAGGCACCAAGCCAGCCUUACUGUUUCUUAUCUUGAUGAGUUUCAUAUCUUGAAGAAACGUGGGGCUAUUCCAUGUAGUUUAUUUCUAGAUCAGUUGUUACAACAUGCUGGAAAAUUUAUGGAGUAUGCUGGUAAACAUUGGCAUUUGAGGAGAGAUAAAUUAUCAGAAUUUUACUUCAAAAAGAUUCCAUCAGAAGAUUUGGUCUUCCAGGCAAUUAAGGAUACACAAAUUCUAGUCACAAAAUCCUACCAAUCCUGGGACUUGGAUUUAAUAAGUGCUUUGCUAAAGUUGCCAGAUGAAAAACUGAUGCGACUUGAUGAUCAACUGUACAUAAGAUUUAUUCGUCAACUGACUGUUUUCUUUAAACCAUCUAGUAACUUAUUUUGUAGAAUUGAAUUAACGUCUGAGCAUUGCCAUAAGAUUUGCGAAGUUGGAUGUCACCUUAUUGACUUCUUGUUAAAAUCCAAUCAAGUUGAAGCUCAGAAACAAAUUGAUGAGUGGUUAACCGAUAUAGCUCAAGCUAUUGAUGAUGUUACAAGUCCAUACCAAGAUAAAACAGCUGCAUUAGGUGUUGCAAGUUUACACCAGACACUUGGCCAAUAUUAUUUUGUAUUCAUUGGAAAGUUCACAGCUACUCAAAGAGGAGAGAGAUACCUAGAUUCAUCCGGUCUUUAUCAAAAACUUUUAGAACUGAUAUCUAGUACAAGUCAAGAUGUGUAUAUUAAAGUGACUAUAUCGAGUUUGAACUAUGUAAGGAAUGGAACUUCAAGAGUUCUUCUCUCAAAGGCUUUAACGGGUUCUAAUGAAGUGGCACGCUUAUAUGCCACUAAGUUUUUGCGUGUUUUAUUGAGAACUGGUAUAAAUGGUUUUGAGGUAUGGGGCUUACAGUUGCUUGUUACACAGUUAUAUGAUACUAGUCAAGCUGUUGCAAUGUCAGCAUUGAAUAUUUUGGAUGAGGCUUGUGAUAUACAAGUUAAUUUGCAAUCAUUGGUUAACUUGCGCCCAUCCUUUUUACAUUUAGGCCAUAAAGGUAACAUGAUGCUAUGUAAACUCCUAUCAACAGAAAGGGGUUUCAAGUCUCUUAUGGAAGCAAAUUUUGUGUCCAAUGAAUUAGACAAAUGGGAAAAGAUGUAUAAUAGGAAGUAUGCAGAUUUUGUUGAAGAACAGUUGAAUGAAGCUCUAACAACCUAUGAGAAAACCUAUCAUGGCAGUUUUACAAGGAGAUCUAUUCUGAAGAGACCAAAGAAAGAAGUUUUCCUUCCUUCUCACAUUUAUGGUCAGCUGGUCCAACACAAACAUGGCUUUAAAAUACUACAGAAGCAAGACUGUAUAAAGCAAUACUUCAACUAUAUACAGUCCUCAGAUUUACUCACCGAUAAAGAUAUAAUGAACUUGAAAACUGCAUUAUGGGCUGUGGGCAAUAUUGGAACAUCUUCGUAUGGUGUUGCAUGGCUUGAUGAAGAAAGUGUUAUACCGGAAAUUAUCAAAUUGGCAGAGGAAUCUGGAGUUUUCUCUAUCAGAGGAACUGCUUUUUACGUGCUUGGUCUUGUGGCUUCAACAAGAACUGGAGUCAAUAUCCUGUCGAAAUUUGGUUGGGAAUCCCUUUGUCAUUCCCGAGAAGAUCAGUGGCCCGUUUACAUUGAGUCCGAUUCCAUGAUCUCUAACAUGGACAGUGAAUCACACCUUUUAAGUAAUGGUCAGCUGAAGGAUAUGAGUUCAAAUGCUUCAGAUGGUCAUCAUUUGUCUUAUAUAAUGGAGGAAUCAAGAGGAGACAUGACAAAUGAACAAUCAUUGCCAUUACCAGGACUUGUUCCCAGAAGCAAUACAUUGCCAAUGGAAUCAAGCACUUUCAUUAAAUAUAAGUCAUCCAAAGCAAUGUCAGAACCGAUUUCAUCAGGAUUCAGAUUACGAACAUUUAGUGCUGAAAAAAUUAACUUUUUUACCAGAGGAAAUCCUGAAAUGGUAAAGAUAUUAAAAGGUGAAACAGCAGACAAUGAAUCAAAUCUUUCAAUAAGCCUUUCCCCGACCAGUCACAUAUCAACAUUUUCCGAUCACAGUGUCAAUGAUUUAAAGUCUGGGGAGUUAUCUUCUCCGGAGGACAUUAUCACAAAAGGAAUGGGCAUGUUCAAAAUAGGAAGUGACAGCAUUUUAAAGCAUGAAAAGAUCAACGGCAAUGGUUCUUUGAAAAGUAAAAGCAGAACAAGUAGCCUCAACACUGAUUCAACAACUAGUGGUGUUGGUUCAUGCGAGUCCGGAUCCUUUACAAACCCAGGAGCAUCAUCACUUAGCCCCAAAUCUGAUACUUCUGUACCCGAGUUGAUAAUGCCUACUGACCUAAAACCUGAAGCCACAGCACCAGCAACCAAAGAACCUGUUCACCCGUCAUUGGUGCAAAGAAGGCUGGCCAAAUUAAAUCGUAUUCCAAGUCUACAUAGACGCUCAGCGUCUCCUGCAUUGGCUCUUUAUCAGUCAACUUCACCUGACGCCCCAACAGCUCCAUACACUAGUUACCAAGAUGCUGUAGGUUACGCCACUUUCAGAACUAUAAAGAGAACUCGUACAUACAGUGGCGAUGAAUAUGAUCCUAUACACGCAUCUUGGCAUCUUAAUCCUAGGUUGGAUAGGACACACAGCACAGAAUCAGAUGUCAGUGUCGAAGGAAAUACAUUUAGUAGCUUCGGAAUUAAGAGGAAUGUCAGCAGUGCUUCUUUACCGGACUAUGAUUCUCUGUACAACCAUUUAAAUAAUUCUAUUAACAAAUCUUCCCUUUCAGCUUCUUCUUCAGACCGUUUUGUGGGAUUAUCGUUGCCAGUCGAUAUUAGCAUGGUGUUCGAGGUUAUAGAGGGCGAGGACAGUCGGUCAUACUCAUCAACAUUCAACACGACUCCCGAUGUAAAUCAACCCCUUUUCCUAUCCGGACUGAAAAUCGCCGUACCGGAAUAUGUUCCGCCGUUAUCAAAGGACAUUAACCUUGAGCACGAAACAAGCACGUGCUUGGCUUGUGUUCGUUUACAUUGUUCCUCAAAGCCAAGUUCACAAAAAGCUUUCAGAGACAUGCCUUCGUUAGAAACCGACGACGAAAACAUAGGAUUUGACAAAACGGUAAGAACAAUUAAAACUGAGAGGCCGAGAGGAGACAGUCUUCUAGAAGCAUCUUCGGUUACCCCCGGAAGUUUAACUAGUACUACAGAUUCCGAUGCUGGCUCAAAAAAGAUAUGUGAAGAUGACGCUCAUGGUAAAAUAAUUGUACGAAAGGAAGUUUUGCGUCUUCUCAUAAGUUUAAGUAGCUCCAUUGGAAUGAAAAGUUCUGAACAGGGAUUGUUAGUGCUAAAACAAAAAUUUCCCAAAACAUUCCAAGACCUGUGUUUUUAUUCUGAAGUUGGGCAUAUUUUAGCAACUUAUUCAUUCCGCUUGGGUGCUCGACGAUUUACGCAAGAACUUUUUGAGGAACUUGAUAUAACUUCUUUGCAAGAAGAUGCGAAACAAAUGCUUGGAAUAACAAAGUCUACCGAAACGUCCUUCAUGAAUUCAAUUCCUCAAGAUAGUCUAGAAGGUUUAACGGAAAUUUGAAAACCUCCUUAUAAAGAACUAAGAAACUAUUGUUACCGAGAAUAUUUGAAACUGGUCGCAUAUAUUCCAACUGUAAAGCAAAAUUCUAUUAAUUUUGAUGAAACCAUACAAAAAGUUACACAGUAUAAGGGGCGCACUUGUUUAAGUCCGAAUGAAAAAUUGUUUAAUAGUACGUCCGAAUAUCAUCCGGAAUAACGACUGGUCUCACGUGGUUAUGUUAAUUGGAUUUGUCUCGAUAUCCACUUAUUCUAAUAUCUUGAAUCAUGUAAGCUGAAUCACGAAUAUGGAAACCAUGUGUUAUUUUAUAAUCAAAACCAAAAACCAUAUAUUGUGGAUAUAACAAUAUUUUUAUGUGCUUGUUUACUUGUUGUGUAUAUGAACAAAGGAACAGAAAGAGUGGUGAAUGUUAUAGUAUAUUUAAUUUAACGAAUGAAUGGUAUAAUAAUUUGACUACAAAACAUAAUAUAUACAUAUUAUAUAGACUCAAACUUAUCAUGUGAUAUUUAAAUCAAGAAGAAAUGGUAUCAGAUAUUGUGACAGAGAUUAUAGACUCAAAAUAAUUAUAUGAUAAAAUUGAAAUCAAAUUAUUCUUAUUAAGAAUGAAAUUAAUAUUAAAGGAGCUUUAGUUCCUUUGACUAUGGUCAAUUGAGUUGAUUUAAUGUGUUAUUUGGAUUACAGGUGUGGCAAGCUAUUUCUGUUACAGGAUUAAUCGAAAGUCGCUUUAUUUAAUAAUUUUAGUUUCGUUUGGCUUAUCGUGGAACACAAACUCGCUGAUAUUAAAAAUUUCAACAUUAGCUUUAUCUUGAUGUAAAACUGACAUUGAAUAUAAAUUAUGAUCCUACAAAAAAAAUAAUGAAAUAGUCCUUGUAAUAAAUGUUCACAAAAGUCAGUUAUUUAUAUUGAUGAUUAAAAUGUAAAGUAAUUUGUGAAACAUUCUAGCCUCUUGACACACAGGAUUUCAACCAUAUCGAACUUAAGAAUUGUUUGUUAUGAAUACAAAAAGAAAUCGAACGUGUCCACAAAAGAGAAUAAGUUAAGAACGAAACUAAUAGCAAGUUAGCUUGGGAAUGGUAUGAAGCCCGAACAGUUUCAAAUUGCACCUGGCCUGCCAUAUUUGACCACUUGGCAAUGGUAGUACAAAGGAUGGGCGAACGGAGACUCGUUUUGAAGUGGAGGGGUGGGGAGCCGUCACCCCCCCCCCCCCCAAAUUAGAUCGCCAAAGGUGAGAUUUGGAGCACUUUCCUGUAGGUAAGAAGCCCGUAUCAUUACAGGCCCGCGACUGUACAGCGAAAUGGACGCUUUUGGCUCCACCUGGAUCAAUUUAACUUUCUUGCAAUAUUGCCUGUCUGGUGGUGUCUUAAAGCGAGAAUUUCAAAUUUUCUAAGAAAGUCAAAACAUAAUUAUUUCUAUGUCUUUUGCUCAAUAGGUUAUCAAAUCACUAUUAUACGAUCAUGAGCAUUAUUUCCCACCCUUAAAAAUCUAUGGCACAGGAAAUAACACAAUUACCUCCUCUGUUUUGCUAUUGACAACAUGGGGCAGCCAUUUUCCAACGUUGGAAUUUGAAGCUGAAAAUGAUAUUUUUGCCAAUUUCUCAGCUGGCAAUAGUGAAUUAUAGGAUUAUUCUUUAACAAGGUAGAACUGUUUAUCGAUACCAUCUAUUUUAAGGCUUUAUUUUAAUACAUUUUAAAAAUAUAACUUGAAAAUUUGCAAUUGCAACUUUAAAUGGAGGUUUGUCUUAUCGGUUUUGUUUGGGUGUAGUGCAGUCAUCCUACAUUUACAUGUACUAUUAAUCCGACUCAGCAUAGGCAUGGGAUUUAAAGUGACAUAUUUGGACAUAAACCACUUCAUGUUUUCCGACCAAAUUUGGUUGAUAUGUUUCUGGGUAGGUGAUUAUUCAUAGUCAUUCCAAUGAAUUUGAUCAGCCCCAUGAGCAGGCGUGGUGAUGGCACCAAAAAUGGGAAACGAUCGGCAGUUUCAUAGCACACUGUAUGGAGUAUGUCCGUCUUCAUUGGGGUGGGGGAGGGGGGUGUUGUUGGAUGGCCGAAUGCUUAGCGCGAGCGCCGUAUCAUAAAAUCUGUCAUUGAGUCAACUGGCGUGGUUUCGAUUCUCCAUGGACCUUAUAAUAUGUAUUCUAAGGUCCAUGGAUUCUCCGGUUGUACAUGACAAGGAGUAGGGUCGCCUGUCCAUUGCAAGACCCCUGCGCGCAAGCGAUUUAUGGAAAUAAAAUUGAACCAUGUUAGUCCCGAAAUGACCUAGUUUGUGUCGAGUGGACGUUAAACCCCAUCUAUAAAACUAUUGACAAUCUGAAAUACAAGAAUUCAUUGACAAUUACGAUAACACUCCAUGUCAAUGCGCCAACUCUCCUUUUGAAGACAAAUAUAAUGACCAUAUUAUACUCACCGGAAAUUUCGAUAUUGUGUAAUAAGAUUAGUAGAAUUUUUGCCUUUAAAUUAAUAAUAGCAUUAUAUUAAUAAUUAUGUCCUUAUUGGUACCAUAUUCAUAGACAAGGCAGUCAUAUAUCUCAUGCACUUAAAUUAAAUGAUUUGUGGGUUGACACAUAAAAAGAUCUAUAAAACCAAAACAUAGUCGAUAAUGAUAGGGAAGUUACCAUUCCAUAUUUGGCAUGAGUGACCAAUCACGUGAUUAAUAACAUCAUAAUUAGCCAAUAGAAUAAUUAAUAGCUGUUUGUCUGCGAUAUCACCUCGGUGGAAGCGGACGUAAAAUACAACUAACCCAUCAUCAUCAUUAAUAGCUGUGAAUCUAAACGUAUAUAACAAAUGGAAUGUGCGCUCUUGAGUAGACACCAUGUGGGUACCGUUGGCGUUGAGGUUCAAGACACACCAUCUGGAUUGAGUAGACCCCAUUGAUUUGUAGGAGAGUCAUAUGGUGUAGCCUGUUCCGUCAGUAAAGUCAUCUGCGAGUUAGGGGUAGGAGAGAAAGACAUGUUAAUUUUAAACAUUGUAAUGUAAUCCAAGCAUGUAACCUAUGUAUCCAGUGUUUGAUAUAAAAUGUAGAAACGAACUGUAGCAUUGUCAUAUCUGGGAGACAAACAUCUUAGCGGCGGAGAUUA